AUGGCUUACCGACAGGACGAUCAUGACCGAACACCGCUCGCAUCUGACAGCCAGGCCAACAAUGAUGCUGCUUACGAGGAUUACAUGAGACGCUACCGAGCCCGAAAUCCAAACUCAAACUGGGAACCCAAGACGCGAAGGAUGCACUACUCGAGGAGAGCGAACGAACAACGGCGGGAAAACGAGCGUAGGUUUUUGAGAGAUGUGCAAUCUGAAGUUGGCAGGGAUCAUGGAUAUCCUCAGGUUAGCAGAAGCUACCAGGUCGACAGAAGAGAGCCUAGAGAUACCAGAAUGGACCCUAAUGCUAAUGCUCGAGCUCCUAUUCCUGAUAUGUGGACUGCUACACCAGAAGCAAGGGGAGUGGAUGGGCAAAGUACAACGGGAAGUGAACCUUCGAGGAUCAUAUACUAG